AUGGCCGCCGUCGCUCCUCCCUCAAUCGUUAUCAACGAUCCCAGCACAGUGGCUAACGGCAUCAUGAAGCCCAAGGCAACACCGUCAACAGCUCUCGACACCUCCUCGGCCACACCGACUACUACCCAAGCCACCCAGAACCCUUCACAACAACAUACACCCACGAUCCGCGGGCUUCUGAAACGCUCAAACUCACUUACCUCCACCAAUCCCACCAACGCCGCCUGCUACCUCUGCGACGAGCAAAAUCCAGGCGAUUUCUCACCCACCACCAAACACCUCGACACAUGUCUCCUCUGCAGCCGCUACUUCUGCCUUAUCCACCAUUCGCCUUCACACCCGACCGUAGCGAUCUGCAAUAUCAACCAUAGUACUUACUAUCAUGAGAUGUUGAUCAAGGCAAAGGGAAUGCUGGAGGAGAGGCAAAACGGCAGCAACGGGCAGCAAAGUGGCGCCAAGAGAGAUCUGGCGGAGUUGUUGAUCCAGGAGGGAAUCUAUCCGAGUUUGGGUGAGCGGGAGAAGGCGAUCUUCGCGACGAGUCCGGUGGAUGAGCAGAAGCAGAAGGAGUUGAAUAGCUGGCGGAGUCUGGAUGCGGCGGUGGCGAAUGGUGGGGUUAGGGGGGAGAAGGGGGAGGUUGUGGAGCGGGAUGUUGUCGGGAGUGAUAUUGCCGUGUAG